UUCCUAUAAUGGACAGAGAUGUCAGCAGAGAGCAAUGUGCUCAUGAUGUCAGCAGACAGCUCUGUGUUUCAAAUGGAAAAGAAUUUCCACUGUAGUAUUCAGCAGCUAAUAAGUACAGGAAGGAUUAAGAUUUUUUAAUGGAAGUAAUUUACAAAUCUGUUUAACUUUCUGACACCAGUUGAUUAAAAAAAAAAAAAAAAGUUUUUCACCGGAAUACCCCGCAUCUGCAUGACCUAGUGAGUAAAACAUAAACAUAAUUUUUUGGGAGAUAUGAGAGGUACGCUUUUAGUCUUAAAACUUAUAUUUUAUAAAAGUCUGAUUCAGAUGUAAAUAAAGGAUUAAUAAAGUGCCUAAAUUGCCAACCAUAUUACCAGGUCAAUCUCAUUUAUGUUUUUUUUACUCAUGCAUACCUUUGUACCUUUGUUAUUUGACCAUCAAUGAACCUCACUGAAUUGGCUUGUUUCCUUAAUAAAGCAGAUUUAAAGGGGUACUCCGACCCUAGGAUAUCCUAGGGACCCCCGCAAUCUCUCAUGCAGCACCCAACUGUCUCAGCUGCACAAAGCGAUGAUCGCUCCAUGCCUGAAGACUCACGACCAUGGGGCCAGAGUAUUUUGACAUCACGACUCUGCCGCCUUGUGACAUCACGCCCUGCCCCCUCAUUGCAAGUCUAUAAACUUGCAUUGAGGUGGCAUGGCUGUGACAUCAUGAGUAGGGCGUUACAUCACGAGCCUCUGCCCCACAUCGCCAGUCAUCCAGCACGGAGCGAAGUUCGCUUCGUGCACCAGAUGUCUGGGGUGCCGCAGCCGAGAUCCCGGGGGUCCUACUGCAAUAGGGGAUAAGAUGUCUAGGGGCGGAUUACCCCUUUAAUGGCAUUGGUCGUGCAGAAGGUCAUUUCUGAAGCAUCUAGCAGAGAACAGAACAUCAUGGCCAGCACAUUUACCUCUCAGCAAACCUACAUUGAUGAAUUUAACCCCAUAGAUUACUUGCAGACAUACUAUGUGCCGGGGGAUGGACUUCUUUUUGGAGAAUGGACAGAUUUUGUAUUACAAAAUCUACAUGAAACAUUCUCUAAAGGUGGAGUAAAAGGAGAGACACUUCUCGAUUUUGGUACAGGACCCACCAUUUAUCAACUUCUCUCUGCUUGUGAAGUGUUUGAUAAAAUCAUUGUCUCAGAUUUCCUUGAGCAAAACUGUGCGGAAUUACAAAAAUGGCUGAAGAAGGACCCGGAUGCUUUUGACUGGACUCACAUUAUCAAGUUUGUAUGUGAGCUGGAAGGAAAUAGAGAGAAUUGUGAACAAAAGGCUGAAAAGCUCCGCAGUAAGGUGAAAGAGGUUCUGAAAUGUGAUGCUCUGAAAAGAAACCCUUACGAUCCUGUGGUUGUGCCGCCAGUUGAUUGUCUCCUCUCUUGCCUCUGUCUUGAGGCCCCGUGCAAAGACAUAGAGUCAUACUGUAAUGUUCUAAAAAAUUUCCAGGCCUUGAUAAAACCUGGAGGUCACCUUUUAAUUUUGAGUGCUCUGAAUGCUACUUUUUAUUACGUAGGUAAGAAGUAUUUUGAUGCAAUGACAACAAGAAAAGAAGAGCUAGAACAGGCAUUUCAAGAAGCUGGUUACGAGAUUGAAAAGGCUGUGUAUUCACCGCGUAUUGAUAAAUCAAGGAUGGAUAUUGCUGAUUACGAUACUAGCUAUUUUAUUCAUGCUCGCAAACUAAAGUAAGGUCACAUUGUUUAAUCAUCAUUUCUUGGAUAUACUGGUACAGUGGUCCCUCUACAUAUAAUAUUAUUUUGGUUCAGGGGCAACCAUUGUAUGUUGAGUCCAUAACCCUCUAGAAAACUAGUAAUUGAUUCUGAAGCCCCCGAUGUAAAGAAAAAUAAGCACAAAAUAGUAAAAAACGAUGUCAUUACUUUUAAUGGUCAGUAGAAGCAACUGGAAGUUGGUUAAUCACUUUCUAGAAAGAUGGAAGUAUUGUUGGUAAAUUAAGCAGUGGUCACGCAUACUACCACUACAUCAUGGUGCCCUUAUCGACUACUGCUCACUUGCCUUGAGUGAAUGGGUCAGUAUUAUGCCUGGUUUACCACUGCUUCAUUUACCAACAGAUAGUUGUCUAUCACUAUUCGCUUCAUAGACAGUUAAUAGCGAAGUGAAUAUGCAGGCGUAUUACCGCUCCAUUGUUGGUCCGAGCCAUCAGACUACAAGUGAGCAUACAUUUACCACCUGUCCUGUGGAUUGUUCUCAGUUUACUUCUUCUGCUAUUCCCAGUAUGCCCUGACUUAGCAGCAUUCACAGUGAUUGGUGUAAAGCACUGAUGCUAAUUAGAUGGUGGCGAAUCAGGAGCUUUGUGCAGUUGGCUGAGAACUUUCAGUCAAUUCCUAUCAAUGCAGGAACUUCAAUUGUCCAGCAAAUAGCUAGAUAUUCCAGCCAAUUGCUGUGAAUCUUGCAGUUUACCUGACUUCUUAAGCAGCUGCUCAGCAGAACUCUUAAAGGGGUACUCCGCUCCUAGACAUCUUAUCCCUUAUCCAAAGGAUCCUCGCUCUGUGCAGUUGAGAAAUGGGUGUGCUGCAGGAGAGAUCGCGGGGGUCCUGCCGCUGGGGACCCCCGCGAUUAGACAUCUUAUCUGGUGUUUAGGGGCAGAGUAUCCCUUUAACUACAACUGUCACCAGGCAGCAGCUGUAGUAAGCAAUUUUGCUGAGCAGCUGUUUAGUAAGUCAUCCUGACAACAGUAUCUCGAUAAAGCAGCUGACAGCUCCAGCAAGCAGUUCCACCAAGCGGCUGUGUGAGUGUGUAAUACGGUGAGCAGUAUAGUGAUCAAGCGGGUGGUAGAGUACUGUACCUAUAUUAAGAAACUCUAUGGCAGCUGUAGGAAGCAACUCCACCAAGCGGCUGCUUAAUCCAAGGUAGGAGUAUGCAGUACUAAGCAGCUCAGCUGCUGCUGCUUCAGUCGGAUGGCAUCUGACAUAGUGUGCAGUAAGUAUGAACUCCAGGAAAAUAACCAAUAAGGCACAAAAUAAAUAUAAAAAUGUUUACUAAUAGUUAUACAAUAAUAUAGACACAUGUAUGUGCUAGGAUGGGGAAAUAGGGUACAGGUGAAAAUCUAUACUUGAGGCCCUGCCUAUCUAGGAAGGAAACUCCUGAUACUAAGUGUGGAUAGGGGAAAGGGAAAAUGCAACAACAACAUACAAUAGGUGAGUAGAACCUCUCUUGCCAACGCCUUUCCCCAAAGGAUGGUAAGGGCUCAUCAGGGAGUGAGAGGAAUCAACAGUGGGAUAUAAAACACGAAACAAAGACCGACAAAAAUAAUAUUUAAUAGAUAGUAGCACAUACAAGAUAAUGUUAGUGAUGUUAGUGCAGCGUCCAUAAGUUAGUGGAAGUCAGCCAGUCUCCUAAAGGUACGGAUGAAGGUCACAGUCAGUAUGAUAUUAGAGUAGAACAGAACACAUAGAUGGAGAUGCAAGACCAGAAUUACAUCAGAGGACACAUUUCCACAGUAUAUAUACAUUUACAUAGAUGGUCUAUAAAGAAUAAAUAUUGGCUCAAGACGGUUCCUGAGGAGUGUUUCUGUACACAAUUAAGAUACAUUUUUGAAGAUAUAGCGACCCAUAGUCCUUGAAGUUUACAAGAGGCUGACAGCUAUCAGAUCCAAAUAGGGACCAUUUAGAUAAAGGUGGUCACCCCGAAAUGUAAGCGGUAACAGCAAAAAAUACAGGAAAUACAGCAGGCAGAUUGGAAUGGAAUUGAUGUAUUGGAAAGCUUCUGAUCUAAUGAUAAACACAAGCCCAAUGGAGGCAGAUGGCCAGGAGAUAGGCAAUUGCCAAAUAUGUCAGAUCCAUGGGACUGAUGUCAGAAUCCACACAGAUCAACUGCUUAUAAGCCUUGGAUCGCCGCAGUAAAUGUCAGCAGUACUCACUGUUGACUUCUCACUGCAGGGAAGCAUCAUAAGUUGAUUUUGCAUCGAACUUACAAUGGCCUAUGAGAGGCCAUCAUACUGUUAGUUGAAACUAUAGUAUGUCAUGGCCAUCGUAUGUUGAGGGACCACUGUGUAUAUCUGCAUGCUUUAGCUUGUAAUAACAAUGCAAAUAGUGAGUACACGAUGUUGGGCUAGAUGAAGUCUGAAACCUCAAAAAUAAAUACUUAAGAUAUCCCUCAACAUACGAUGGUAAUUCGUUCCAAAUGAACCAUUGUUUGUUGAAACCAUCGUAUGUUGAGGGAUCCGUGCAAUGAAAAGAAUAGGAAGUUAUACUCACCUGUCCCCGCGCUCCGGACCAUCACCGCUGCCCUGGAUGUCACCCUCUAUCACUGUCGCCGCGUCCCGGGGUGUCCCCGCCCCUCCGGACCGUCUCUGCUGGCAGGCACCGUCGCUCUUCAUCGCCGUCAUCACGUCGCUGCGCACGCUGCUCCUAUUGGAUGACGGGACGGCAUGGGCGGCGAUGUGAUGACAACGACGGAGAGCGACGGCGAUGCAGGGGAUCCCGAAGAGGACGGUCCGGAGCACCGGGGACAGGUGAGUGAGACUCACCGGACCACACAGGGCAUCUUAAAUGGCUAUCCAGUGGUAGCUGAAGUAGUCUGCGCUGCCGGAUAGCCGUUUAUGCGAUGGCCCGACAUACAAAAGCAUCGUAUGUUGAUGCUGCCUUCAACAUGCGAUGGCCUCUGAGAGGCCAUCAUAUGUUGAAAUUAUCAUAUGUCGGGGCCAUCGUAACUCAGGGGGUCACUGUAUUUGAUAAAUUCACACUAAAAAUAAAAAGAUCCACUAGUUAACACUAUCAGUUGUGGAGUUCAUAUGUAAAAGUACAGUAUAUGAGGGUAGCUAAAAUGAUGCUUACUCAGAUAGCAAAUGGUGGGUAGAUUUGACCUUUUGGUGAUAUAAUAAAAUACUUUUGAAUGGCCAUCAGUAGGUCCACUGAUUAUUUUACCCCUAUAUAAUUUGAGUGCAUCCUAUGAGGAAGCACAAGACGACCAGAAUUCUGUUUAACUGGAACCUCAACUUUGUUUUAGGGUAUCUAUUUGCUAAUCUUUUAUGAAACAGAGGUCCCAAAACUUUUUUUUAACCUUUGAGACAAUUUCACAUAUGACUGGAGUUAUUAUUCAGUUAAGGCCCAUUCACACUACAGAAUCUCACAGAGAUAUUGUAGGCGGAUAUUCUGUCUGCAGCAACAGGUGCCGUCAAAAAAAACUGUGAAGGAUUCUAUUAUGUCUUAUCCCAUCAAGAAUAUGGUGUGGAACUAAAUUUUUGAGCAUUCUAUGUAGCUUUCAGUGGGACCCAGAGUAGGUGACAAUUAUUUUAUGACCAUGCAGUGGUGACUUACACUCACUAGCCACUUUAUAGCACCAGCUAGUAACAGGUUGGACCCCCUUUGCCUUAUUCUUCGUGUCAUACUUUUUUCAAGGUGCUGAAAACAUUCCUCAGAGAUUUUGGUCUAUACGGACAUGAUGGCAUCACACAAUUACUGCAGAUUUGUCGGCUGCACAUCCAUGAUGCCAAUCUUUUGUUCAACCGCAUCCCAAAGGCUCUCUAUUGGAUUGAGAUUUGGUGACUGUUGAGACUGUUGGGGUACAGUGAACUAAUUUGGCGAGAUUUAUAAAAAAAAAACCUGUGUAGAAGAAAAGUUGCUCAUAGCAACAAACAGAUUGCUUAUUACAUUUUAAAAAAUAAAAGUGAGCUGAUUGGUUGCUAUGGGCAAUCGGGCAACUUUUUCCAUGCACAGGUUUUAAUAAAUCUACCUAAUUGUCAUGUUCAAGAAAGCAGUCUGACAUGAUGUGAGCCUUGAAACACGGAGCAUUUUUAUGCUGAGAGAAGCCUUCAGAAUAUGGGUACACUGUGGUGUAGGAGUAUUCUGCCCUCCCCUUUUGCUGAAUUUGGAACCUUGUUCCUGGAAAAAGUCCAACAUUUCAUUUGUAAUGCUUCCCAAGAGUGACUGGCCGAAGACUGGAACUUCAGCAGAGCUCAGCAAGAGAGUACAAGAUUGUUUCUGAAGGACCUGUGGUAAUGGGCAUGUGACAGGAGUGUGGAGCUCCACUGUAGGAAAGGAUAGGUGGUGGUGAAGGACCAGUGGGGAUGGUUAUGUGGUCAUGUGAGUGCAGAGCUCAGUAGGAGAGAAUAGGUGGUGGUGAAGGACCUGUAAUGAUGGUCAUGUGACAAUAAUGCUUAGCUCAGCAGUAGGAGGUUAAAAAAAAGUAUAGGUCACAUGUCUAGAGUGGAGCUCUAGUCUACAGCCAGACCCUCCUGGGAAGAAGAGAAGUUGUGCCACAAUAGCCAGAAACCUAAAGCAAUAGGAAAGGUGAGUAUGCAUUUUUUUUUUUAUCUUGGGUGGUUCUACCAACUGUUGGUAAACUACCUAUAGGGGGCACUUACCUACUGUGGACACAUGACCUACAGGGAGUCCCACCUACAGGGUCAAACCAUCUAUAGGGGGGUUCUACCCACAGGACAGAAACUACCUAAAUAGGAAAACUAAUAACAAGGGGGAUCUCUUUACUGGGGGAAACUACAUAAUUGGGGGACCUACGUAACAGGGGGAAACCUCAGAUGACCGGUCUAGCUAAUGGCGAGAAGCAACCAACUUCUCUCCAACCCACCUAAACCUCCCACCAACUCAUUUAAAUACAUGCUUUACUGUGCAGGACACCAAAGAGAGCAUUAUUACAAGCAUAUACUGUGCUGUUAUGGAUAAUAUAUGUAAAAUUAAGAUCAUUCUUCUAAAAUGGAGGUUACAUUCUGUAUUACACCCUGUGUGACCAUCCCCUUUUGGCACAGAGAGAUUAUGAUGCAAUACUUAUGUAAACUAGCUAACCAAUUAGAAUGGUUAUACAAUAUGCUACGCCCUACUGAAGGGUAUAUCUUGUGUGUACGCUAUACAAUAAAUCAGAGAACUGCU